AUGGAAAAAACUGGUCAAAUUGGAUCCUCAUUAUUAGCUAUAAGCGAAACUGCUACAAAUUCCACAGCAAACGGCAAUACAAUGGCUCCCGGAAAUGAUCAAAAGGAUAACGAGUCUAAACGAAGUCAAAAUACCUCAGGUUAUUCAAUGGCUGGUGUUUUACACUUUCUUCAAAACGAAUGCAGUCAAUAUGAACUUGAACGGUCUCAAUGGGAGAUUGAAAAAGCGGAGCUUAGAGUUUGUUUGUUUUAUUGGUUAGGAGGAACAUGA